GCUGAAGAUCCGCGGCUCCGACCCUCACUUUCUGAUUGACAGCCGGAGCACUAACAUGGCUUCUCAACGGGUCAUCGUCUACGGAGGAAGAGGCGCUCUGGGCUCCAAGUGUAUCCAGCAUUUCAAGUCCAACGGCUGGUGGGUCGCCAGCAUCGACAUGGCUGCUAACGAGGAGGCGAAUGAAAACGUGAUUGUGAAAUUGAGCGAAUCUUUCACCGAGCAGGCAGGACAGGUGACGGCAGAUGUGGCCCAGUUGCUAGGGGAACACAAAGUGGACGCCAUCUUGUGUGUGGCGGGCGGAUGGGCUGGAGGAAACUGUAGUUCCAAAGACUUGUACAAAAACACAGAUUUGAUGUGGAAACAGAGCGUGUGGACCUCCACCAUCUCCAGCCACCUUGCUGCUCGCCACCUAAAACCAGGUGGACUGUUGACUUUGGCUGGAGCUAAAGCAGCCCAGUCAGGCACUGGAGGCAUGGUCGGCUAUGGCAUGGCAAAAGCUGCCGUCCACCAGCUGUGUCAGAGUCUUGCAGCAAAAAACAGUGGGAUGCCGUCAGGAGCUGCUGCUGUUGCCAUACUGCCCGUUACCUUGGAUACGCCGAUGAACAGGAAGUUCAUGCCUGACGCAGAUUUCGGUUCCUGGACACCGCUGGAGUACAUUGCAGAGAUGUUCUUCAACUGGGCCACCGGAACAAACCGGCCGGCCUCAGGAAGCCUGAUGCAGCUGCUGACCUCCGGAGGUGAAACCCAGGCUGUGGCUGCUCAGUAGAGGACAGAGUGGAGCUGUGGAGCCGGCGAUGGGGGUUGGUAGGGAGGGAGAGAUAAAGAUGGAUGGGGGGGGAGAGGAGAAGACGGAGAGCCACAGAGAAAGAGGCUGAAUCAGGGAGGAGGGUGUGGUGAAGAAGAGUAAGAGAGAUGGGAGGAGUGAUGAGGAGGGCUGGAAGGUGUAGAGGUGAAGAAGUGAGAUGGUGACAGAGAGGAACUGAAUAAAAGAGGGAGGUGGAGAGGAGACGCCCCAUGGGUUAGCUUCGGAGGAGGAGGGAGGAGGGCGUUCUUUGCAAAUGUAGCCUCACAGCGCCAUCUAGCUGUACAUCACUGCGACCGUCCCGCUGUAACACACAAUCAGACUGUGGUAAAUCUCCACUAAUGAUAAUUCACUGUUGACCAAUGGACCAUCAAGACUUACUCAGAGUAUUUCAUUUCAAAGAUCAGUGAUGUGAAAUUGUUUUAAUUGAGAAACAGAGUACAUACUGGUGUAUUUGGGGAUCAUUUGGUGUGACUGAUGUGAAAGCGGGAGCUUUAAUGAUGCAUAUUUGUGAAGCUUUCCAGUUUGUGAUGCCAAAUGAUUAUAUUCUAGUGUUAUUAUGGCAGGAAAAAUGCAGAAAAUUAAAGAGCAGUGUCUUUUCCCACCUAUGAUUUGCUGUAGUUGACCAUCCUUCCCCGCUAAACAGCUUCAUAACGACAUUACCUGUGAGUCCAAUGUGACAUGUGAGAUCUGUAGACCUUUUAGUUUCUACUGUUAAAUGUUCCCCUGGAGGUCCUCAGCCACUGCGGAAACUCAAAGUAGAAGAAAGCCGCUGUCUUCUCUCAAACGGACAAUACGCUUUAAAGUGGAGUGGCCUUAUUUUCUGUUUGUAGCUGUCAAGUCCAAGUGUCCUUGGUGUUCGUGGUAUGAAAACUGCCCAGUUCCUGUUGUGAGUUUUCUAAGUUGUCUAUUGUGUCAAAAUUCACAAUAAAAUGAGUAAAAAUAAA